AUGAAGAUCAUAUCACCUACCCCUAUUGACAAGGUGCUAACCGCUCAUGUUAUCCAGGACAUGCGUCUGGGUGAUGUUGUCUUUUUGCCUGAACCUGAAACAAAGAAGAUUACUCAGACUAUUCCUAUUGACAAAGUACUUACCACUGACAUUUUCCAGGACAUGCCUUCGGGUGAUAAUGUCUUUGCACCUGAACAUGAAAUAAAGAAAGUUCCUCAGACCACUUCUAUAAACGAGGUACUUACCGCUGACGUUAUUCAGGACAUGCCUCCGGGAGAUGUUGCCUUUGCGCCUGAACCUUAA